UGCCGCCGCCUACGCUUCCGCUUCCGCCGCCGCCGCCUCCGCUUCCGCUUCCGCUUCCGCUUCCUUGCAUCCCUUCGCUCGCCGCGUCCGUCGUCCUAUCUAGCCGCCGUAUCCCCGGGCGCCCUUAUGGCGCUCUCCGCCGGCGAUGUGCCCACGAUGUACACCGUCCUCGUCAACUCGCUCAGCGCCGACGAGGCGGUGCGGCGGCCGGCUGAAGCAGCUCUCGCGCAGUGCGAGGCCCGCCCAGGAUUCUGCUCAUGCCUAUUAGAGAUCGUUUCCGCAAGGGGUUUGGCUUGCCGUGAAGACGUGCGUCUGCUUGCCACAGUAUAUUUUAAGAACAGCAUCAAUCGCUAUUGGCGGCAUCGCCGGGAUUCCUAUGGAAUUAGCAACGAGGAGAAGGAUCACCUUCGAAAAAAUCUUUUCUUAAAUAUACGAGAGGAGAAUAGCCAGAUUGCACUUCAGUUAGCUGUGCUAAUUUCCAAGAUUGCACGCCUAGAUUACCCAAAAGAAUGGCCGGACCUCUUCUCUGUAUUGGCACAACAGCUGCAGUCAGCUGAUGUUCUUGCUUCACAUCGUGUGUUUAUGGUCCUGUUUCGCACUCUGAAGGAGCUAUCAACUAAGCGGCUUGCUGUUGAUCAGAGGAACUAUGCUGAGAUCACUCGUCACUUGUUUGAGUAUACCUGGAACCUCUGGAAGAGUGAUGUGCAGACUAUAUUACAGAAUCUUUCUAUGCUGUCACAGCGGAGUGACAUAGAUUCCAUUUUAGAACAAUCAAAUGAUCUUAUGUUGAUCUGUGACCGGUGGUUGCUUUGUCUAAAAAUCAUCCGGCAACUAAUAUUUUCAGGAUAUGCAAGUGACUCAACAACCGCUCAGGAAGUCUGGCAGGUCAGAGAAGUUUGUCCAACAGUUUUAACUGCCAUUCAAUCCCUCCUUCCUUAUUAUUCCUCCUACAAAGAUAAGCAGGCCAAGCUAUGGGAUUUUGCAAAAAGAGCAUGCACUAAGUUGAUGAAAGUCCUUGUUACCUUGCAAGGCAGACAUCCAUAUUCUUUCGUUCACCAAGGUGUGCUUCCAGCUAUAGUUGAUUUCUGUUUGAAUAUGAUCACAAAUCCAGAACAGGGUGGCACAUCCUUUGAGGAGUUCCUUAUACAAAGCAUGGUUUUUGUUAAAUCCGUAUUGGAGUGUAAAGAAUACAAACCAAGUCCAACAGGUCGUGUGAUCAAUGAAGGUUCACAGCCUUUAAGUCUGGAGCAACGGAAGAAAAACUUUGCAGCAGUGGCUAGUGAUAUGCUGAAGGUUGUUUUGCCUGGUGACCGUGUUAUGUUGUUGUGUAACGUUUUGAUAAGAAGGUAUUUCAUUUACACAACAAAAGAUUUGGAGGAAUGGUCAGAGAAUCCAGAGUCAUUUCAUCAUGAGCAGAAUUUGGUACAAUGGACUGAGAAACAACGCCCAUGUGCUGAAGCCCUCUUUAUUGUUAUCUUUGAGAACUAUCGAGAGCAGUUAGCUCCAGUUGUUGUGUCCAUUCUUCGUGAAGCCAUGGCUCUUUCUCCACCUCUGGAAACCGAUGUUACUGCUGGAAUGCUUUUGAAGGAUGCUGCUUAUACAGCUGCCGGGCAUGUUUAUUAUGAACUUUCAAAUUACCUUAGUUUUAAUGAAUGGUUCCAUGGAUCUCUAUCAAUCGAAAUUUCAAAUGGUCACCCAAAUAUGCGUAUCAUCCGUCGAAAGAUCGCUUUGCUACUUGGUCAAUGGAUUUCUGAGAUCAAGGGUGGCACCAGGAAAUUAGUCUAUCAUGCUUUGGUUGGAUUGCUGCAGGACAAUGACAUAGCUGUCAGGCUAGCAGCAUGCUCUUCUUUGUGUUAUCUUUUUCAAGAAUCAAGCUUUUCAGAACUAGAUUUGUUCGAAUGUCUUCCUACAUGUUGGACAAUGUGUUUCAAGUUGACAGAAGAUGUCCAAGAAUUUGAUUCGAAGGUGCAAGUGUUGAAUUUCAUUUCAGUCCUUCUUGAACAUGCUGGAGACAAGGUUAUUCCAUUUGCAAGUCAGUUAUCACAUUUUUUUCAGAAGAUCUGGGACGAAUCUGCAGGUGAAAGCCUGCUUCAGAUUCAAUUGCUAGCAGCACUUAGAACAUUUAUUUCUUCUCUUGGAUACCAGUCACCUCUUUCUUACCAUAUGCUUAUUCCUAUACUCCAAAGUGGUAUAAACAUUGAUAGUCCAGAUGCUCUUAAUCUUCUUGAGGACAGUGUUCUGUUGUGGGAAACAACCCUUUUGAAUGCUCCUUCCAUCGUAUCUCAACUGCUGGAUCUCUUCCCAUAUCUUGUGGGCAUUGUGAAUAGAAGCUUCGAUCAUCUGCAGGUCACAAUCAACAUAAUUGAGGACUACAUAAUUUUUGGUGGAUCAGAAUUUUUGAAAAGGCAUGGUGCAAGCCUGGCGAACGUUCUUGAUACUAUUGUUGGAAAUGUUAACGACAAGGGUCUUCUCACUGCACUACCUAUCAUCGAUCUCAUUAUUCAGCUCUUUCCUCAGGAAGCACCACCACUAAUAUCUAGUUCUCUUCAGAAACUUAUCUUCAUAUGUUUGAAUCAAGACGAUGAACACAAUCCUUCUAGGACAACUGUCCGUGCAUCUGCCGGAGCAAUUUUUGCUAGACUUCUGGUGAUGAAUACAAACUUUACAGGACAACUAUUAUCAGAGCCUGCCCUUCUGACAAGCAUUCAACAAACAGGGAUUUCUGUAAACAAUAAUCUGCUGCUUUGUUUGGUUGAUAUGUGGAUUGACAAGGUAGAUGAUGCAAAUGUUGUACAGCAGAAAGAAUAUGCAAUGGCUCUUUCUGUAAUUUUGACCUUACAUGUACCUCAAGUUAUUGACAAACUUGAUGACAUAUUAAGUGUCUGCACUACUGUUAUCAUUGGAGGCCGUGAAGUGAAGACUGAAGAUGAUACCAGUGGUGAUAUUACAAGCUCUUCCUGGCUUGGCAAUGAUAAUUCAGGUUAUUCUAACACAAGCAAAGAGUUGAGAAAGCGACAAGUGAAGGACUCGGAUCCUAUCAAGCAAGCUUCUCUAGAGGACAUGCUAAGAGAUAACUUAAAAGCAUGUGCAUCACUCCAUGGGGAUGCGACUUUCAAUGCUGCCAUUGGCAGGAUCCACCCAGCAGCAUUUGCUCAGUUGCAGCAGGCCCUGAAUAUUGCAUGAGAUGUUCAUAGAUUCUAGCGGAUUCUUUGUUCUUUUGGACAUGCUAAAGAUCAAGGGGUGCAUCGUGAGCCACUGGAGUGCAUGUGAUACAAAUACAGUCCUGCUUGGGCUGCGCAACAUUUUCCACUCCUGCUGUUGAUGCACUAUAUUGUUGAAGGUGAUAUGGAAUUAUGGAUUGUUGAUUUUACUGGUGUAAAUUACAUUUGAGUAUCAAGAGGUGGGGAUAUGUACGUGCCUUUGUUUACCAGUUACUGUCAGUGGCAAUGGUCUUCCGAUGUUUUGGGUGUUGUGUUUUGUUUUGACCACCCACCCAACAGGCCAACAGAGGUUUCAUUUCACUGUGCGAUACGAUUGGGGAAGAUGCUCUGCACAAUUUUUUUGUGUUUGGUGUUGUCGGAUUGAUCAGUCGGAGCCUGAGGUUGGCAGAGUUUUUAGAUCUGCUCUUCCAAGUGUGUAGUAAAUUUGUGCAUGGGUUUUUAUUGUCCGCCCAGUUGAAAAUGCAUGACCGGACAUCCUGCUGGUAACACUGUAAUUGUUAAGUACUAAUUUUGUAACAGAAUUGACAUGAGGAAGUAACGCAGUACUGUUUUGAGAUAAAGAUUUAUUCUCUUGUCAUGUAAGCAAAGUAUGUGUUCUCACGGCUGGCAUUCUUGUUCUAGAUU